AUGCUAUGUAAUAACGAACUUGGUGACAGCUUAUCGUUAUUAAGAUCUAUAGAAUGCAAAGAUCUUUCAUUAAACUGGAAUAUAGAUGUUUCGGCAGAAUUAGAGAAAUAUUUAUCAGUACUAGAGACUCUUGAAGAUGAGAUAAACUAUAGUCAAAGUACAGAAAAUAUGAAUGAUAAUUCUCAUAGUUCAUCUCAAUUAUUUAACUUUGCUGAAGCAGCACUAAUAAUACAAAACUCAACGAAUAUAUAUUCUAAGAAGAUAGAGCACUUACAUACUUUAGUAUAUGAGACAUUAAAGUUACUAUCUUUGGGAAAUAGUAAUAAAUUGGAAUGUACAAGCUCCAUCAAUAAUUGUAAUAUAGAACAAUCAACAAACAUGAAUGGGUAUAUCCGAAAACCAACUAAUAAUAAAGGUACUGCGUUCUUAAUGGAUAAUAUUUUUUCAGUUCCAUUGGAAUUAUUACAAUUUGGGAGAAAUUUAAAUAUUUCACUUGAUACGAAAUUAAAUGACAAAAUAAAGGGAGAAUCGAAAUGUAUAAAUAUAAUCUGCUCACCACUUAUUGGGGUAUCACAGUCAUGUAUAUCACUACCAAUUUAUCGUAUUGAUCCCUCAACAUUUACUUUAUUUCUAGAUGAAUCAGAUAUUGGUUUAUUAGGAAAUAACAGUAGUUUUUGUGAAAAUGUAUCCAAUUCUAAAGAAAAUUGUAGUGACUAUAAUAAAGAUGUUCACAAUACUAGCAACUAUGACAAUAUAAAUGAAUAUACUGAAUCUAAUAUAGACAUGGAGUAUAAUAUUGAAGAUGAUUUAGCUUUAAGUAACAAUGAUAUAAGUGAAAAAGGUGUGAUUACUUGCAAUAAUAUACUGGAGGGAGAAUCUAUAGAGGCUGUAAUAAGUGGUACAAAAAAAAAUAAGAAUGAUCCAUGGGAGUUAAUGGAUGAACAUAUAAAGAUUGGAAGAGAUAGAGCAAUCAAACAAGGUAAAUCAUAUAAAAUUCCUACUAAGUCAUAUACCUUAUCAUUAGUAAAGAUGGGAGAAAAGGCUGGUAUACUUAAUUUUAUAAAUAAAUACAGUAUUCGCUCUUAUAUAAUGGGGCUAACACAAUAUAGAGAAGAAAAAGAUAUUAAUUGUUCAUCAGAUCAAUAUAUUCCAUUUUUUUGUGAUUUAAAAAAGCCAAUAUUACUUAGUGAUAAACUGAUUAUACAGAACCAGUUCAAAAGUUGUCUAUUAGCUAGUUUAGAAGUAGAUAUACAUAAUAAUAUAACUGCCUGGAGAAAGUAUUAUUCGAAGCAAUCUUUUGGAAAUGCAAAAAAGAAAGAUUCUACGUUAGGUGAUAUUAAUGUUAACGAUUUAUCUUUGUGUGAAACUGAGGAUAAUAAAGAUGACAUUUGCUUUGAUAAUAAUAACGAAUUUGAAGAUGUAAACAUUUGUAAUAUUGAUGAAUGCGAAGAUUCUCAACAAUACUCUGCAGAUAUGGUAGAUGACCAUAUAUUGGAAGAUUUUAUUACUAGUAAUGUUCAACAAGGAAAUAUAGAAGAUGAUCAAAAAAUUAGUGAAUUUGAUUUGGAAGAUCAUAAGACUAAUUUACAUGCACGCAUAAAUUCUUGGACAGAAUACCUAGAACCUAUUUUGGAAAUUCAAAAUAAAAGACCAGAUUUUGAUAUUAAAUCUGAGGGAGAAAAAAUUAUAGAGAAAAUUAGAACUCAAAUUAUAAGUAUGGGGAUUGACAGCGUAAAAUUUUCAAGUAUUGUAGAGGGUUUGCCAAAAUGGCAGAUAUCCCGUUCAUUUUUAGCAACUUUGAUGUUAUCAAACAAUAAGGAUAUCGAAAUUUCUUCAAUAGAUAAUGAAUCUAAUGAAGAUGAAGAAUUUAUCAAAGGCGAAUUUAUGGUAAAGUUACGAUCUAUUAAUGAUGAUAAUAUUAAGGGAGGUAUUGAUCUUAGAUUGUUAUAUCCAAGAAAAAAAAAAGUGAAACAAGAUGAAAGUGAUGAGAAUAUUAGUAUACUAGAUAAGGACCAAAAGAAAUUAAAACGAAAGUUAAGAAAUAUCAAAUAA